CAAUAAAUUCAUUUUCAACCGCAAGUUAAAUUAAUGGCUGCCACGGCAGCGCAAUCCUCCGUUAUCCGAGCUCUCCUACCCCGCAAUGCGCCGGCGUCGAAAUCCUCUCCCGCCUCCCUCAACAGCCGGAGGAAUUUGCUCUUCCUGAUGACGGCGGUCCCGGCGCUGUCGAUGAAAGAAUCGGUCUCCAGAGCGCAGGACAUCCCGCUGUUUGGACUGAAGAGGAAGCUGAAGAAAGCGGAGGAGGAAGCCGAGCUGCUAGUCAAGGAAGGCUUCGAGACGGCGGAGAAGGGGCUCGAGACGGCGGAGAAAGGGCUCGUGACGGCGGAGAUAGGGAUCGAGGAAGCGGUGAGUUUCGGCGGACUCGCGCAGGCUGGAGCCGUCGUCGGAGCAGAGGCCGUCGCCGUUCUCGUCGCUACUUCCGUCGUCAGCGGGAUUUUGGGGCCGGAUGCCUGAAAUUCUUGAGAAAAUUGAAAUUGCUCCGAAAUCGAUUUUCUUAAUUAUGCUUUAAUUUCUGUAGAUCGCUUUCCUGUUUGGUUUGGACAAAUAAUGAAAAAGGAGGAGAAAUUCAUAAAUCUUCUAAGCCAAG